GAAAGUAUGUGGUGACCAGGAGAGCUCUGUAGGAGAAGAUAUUGAAGUUGACUCUUCAGUUUUCGAUAUUCUGAUCGCAGAUAACCUUGGGGAGGUCAGAGUAGAAGAUAACCACGCCAUCAUUAGCAUGAAUGUAUUGCCUCCAAUAAAACAAGCUGUCCAAAACAGCCAUCUCAUAACCACCAGUAGUACUUUGAGGCCGUUAAUUCAAGUUACACCAGUUCUUGACAAAGGUAUUGCUUCACAAGAUGAUCUUGGCAGCAUCAAGUCUUCUAAAGGAAGUAUAUCAGAAGAAAUGGUUGAUGAUUCAAUACCACAGUAUCCAAGACUUCAGUUAACAUCUGAAGAGAAAGACUUCUUGAAAAAGAAGGUGUCCAACUGUCUUCUCAUUAUUCUCUCACAAAAGAUGAAGAGCGAGAACUUAAAAAGAUUAGAAGAAAAUUCCGUAAUAAUAUAUCAGCACAGGAUUCACGCAAGAGAAAGAAGGAAUACAUAGAUGGCUUGGAAGAGAGGCUGUAGCACUUUCUCACGUAAUCAGGAUGGGAGACCAAGAUGAUGAAACUUCAAUAUCUUCUUGUACAAAGCUCUCCUGGUCACCGCAUACAUGUGAAGCUUCCACUGGAUUACUUUCACUCACACUAGACAAAGAAGACAGGCGAUCUCCCCUAUCAUCCUCUUCAAUGCCAGGCAACAUGGGUGACAAAUACUGACUGGUGCAGUUACAUCUCCUGUUUCCACUGCACUUGCAGCAGACAGAAGCUCACCAUCAUCCAGUAUUUCAAACUGUUGGUCCUUGAAGUUUAGAAUAAACUCCAUUAUGUCGUCUGGAAUUGGUGACCAGCUUUCUACCAACAAAACAAAUAAUAAGUGGUUUAAUUCUGUUUCACAGCACUGACAAACGAAAUUGUAUUUCUCUGAAGGAACUAUAAUUUAGAGCCAUCCCUUAAACGUAUUCCUGUUCACUUUUAUUGCUUAAAUCUUGAUCUGUCAGGUUGAAAAAGGAUCUUCUCUUCCACGGAGAAAAUCCAUCAAACUUAAGUCGGUUGGCACUGACAUUGUCCCGUCUCUUCACCUUAAGGUACUGACCGGUUUGAAAUGGUAACGCCACGGUGAUUACAAAACCAUGAGUACCAUUCCAAUGAUGAUAUAACUAAGUCAAGUGUAUAUAUAAUCGUUUUUCCUACUAAAAUUAAUAUGAACAGGUUUAUUUCAGAAUUCUGAAACACUUCUAUUGACAGCAACUGCAAAAUAUUUAACAGAAAUAAUGUUUACAAACUCACUAAACAGAACACUUCACCAUCCAAUGUGGAAAUUUUCACGUUAUGCUACUUCCUGCACUUCGAAUAAUCUCAUUGGUCAGCUGCAGAGUGCAUUUUACAAUAUGAAAUUGUGAAGUAGGUGAAAUAGGGAACGGAAGAUGACCAUGCGAUCGAUAUUGUAUCAUUUUGAAUGUGCUCCAAGUGAUACAGAUGACAUAGAUUGGCAAAGGUAACACCUUUAUGUAAUAUUCGCUGACCAUUGGUUAUUCAUUUUUUUCUCUCAGGAUCAUCGACCUCCAUUUUUUAUUGUGAAAAAUAAUUGUAAAUACAAAAAAGCCAAGUUAAUAUCAAUCCCGUACUUUAUAGCACAUUCUUAUAAACAUCGUAGUUUGUUAUAGCCACACUGUUAAGUUUAUUGAGAAGCACAAUAUACCACUGAAGGUCGCGGUGCAAGGGCUGAGAAGGCCCAUCCCUUAUAUAAGUCAAUUGAGCGUCGACCCUAAUUUUUCGAAGGCGAUUGUGCGACAUUUUCAUGAACUUCGUGAGAGUUCAUGAGCGAGCAGUUGCAAUUGCAUUCUUGUUCUUUGUGCAAGUAACUGCAUGAAUGUGCAAUAUGAAAGUGAAAAAGAAGCUGGCAGCUAAUAUGUAGCGAAACGGAAAGGUGGUAUUAUAAUUGUAGGUUGUAACCAACAAUUAGUUCCAUUAAUCAACAAUCUGUCGUGUUGAAUAAACAUCAUUAUUUAAGAUGA